GUGCAUCCCUUUCCCGCUGUGGGCGCUCUUGCCAUAGAGAGGAGGUGGUGGGGAGAGAAGGGAUAAUCUCUCUGGCCCAGCCUUUCCUCGGCGGUCGGGAGCCAUGGCGGCGGCGGGCAAGGGCGGCGGGGCGGGCUGCGAGCACUACCGCCGCGGCUGCCUGCUCAAGGCGCCGUGCUGCGCGAAGCUGUACGCGUGCCGGCUGUGCCACGACGGCGGCGAGGACCACCAGAUGGACCGCUUCCAAGUGAAGGAGGUGCAAUGCAGCCGGUGCCAGAAGAUCCAGCAGGCUCAACAAAGUUGUGAAGACUGCAAGAAUUUGUUUGGAGAAUAUUACUGCAGCAUAUGCCACCUAUUUGACAAAGACAAGAAACAGUAUCAUUGUGAGAAGUGUGGAAUUUGUAGGAUUGGGCCAAAAGAAGACUUUUUCCAUUGUUCAAAAUGUAAUUUAUGUCUAGCCUUGAAUCUCCAAGGAAAUCAUAAGUGCAUUGAAAAUGUCUCCAGGCAGGACUGUCCAAUAUGUUUGGAGGACAUUCACACAUCACGUGUUGGAGCCCAUGUUCUGCCAUGUGGACAUCUCCUCCAUAGAACUUGUUAUGAAGACAUGCUAAAGGAAGGUUACAGAUGUCCUUUGUGCAUGCACUCUGCCUUGGAUAUGACUAGGUACUGGCGACAGUUGGAUGAUGAAGUAGCACAAACUCCUAUGCCCACAGAAUAUCAGAACAUGAUGGUGGAGAUCCUUUGCAAUGACUGCAGUGCCCGAUCCAUGGUCCAGUUCCAUAUUUUAGGCAUGAAGUGUACAAGCUGUGAAUCAUACAAUACUGCUCAAGAUGGAGGUUGCAGGAUGGCUUUGGAGCAGCAGUGACUAAAGGAGGCUUCACGUACUUCUAGACAAGGAAGGAUCAACUCCGUGUGAUGCUGGUUAGAAAGGACACUCCCCUUGGAAAAAGGUGUACCACAAACUUCUCAAUCAGGAAAUUUCUUAGUGUCAUGUCACAAAAUCCUAAUUCCUGGCCCUGCAUUCUGGUUCCCUAGGAUAUCAUAACUCAUAGAGUGUUGUGUGAUUUCCCCGCCCCCCCCACCGCUCGGCAGUGGCUGUUGAGGUGGAGAUUCACAGUGUUAGAAAGAGCAUGGUAUCUAAUCCAUCUGGCUGCUGUAGUGCCACUCCCUGGAGAAUGUUUCGGCUCACGGAACUUCCCAUUGUGGUGCUGUGAAUUUCAUGGUGUUCAGUUUACCAGAAAGUCAGUCUUUUAAAGGACAGCAGAGCUAUCUUUUUUUUUUUUUUAUCAUGCUGUGAAGAAGACGUGUGUUUUUAAUAAGAUAAAAAUGACAACCGUGGGAGUGAGUGAAUUCCAGGGCUGCCGAAGAGCUAAUUCAUGGAGGCAGUGGCACCCAGGAAACAAGAGCUGCAAGAAUGAGCAUUUCAUUCUAAAUGAAAAUGGGUUGGGAAAUUUGGUAGCUUUGAGAGCUGUGUUUUACAAGUGAAGCUUUAGGUCUUUAAAGGUUUCGGUAAGUAGGUUGUUUGUUUUGUUUUUGUGUGUUUUUUUAAAGAUGCCUGUUUGUUGGCAGUUGGAGUCCAGAGCUUCAAGUGAAGAUGGACAGAAGAAGUGUGUGGGUAGAAUUGUUUUUCUUCCUCUACAACUCCCAGAUACAGUCUGUGUAUACAAGAUGCAUCUAAAAUGAAGCUAUUGUAGAUCUUAAUAAGUAAGUGUAAGAAGGACUUAGAGCUGCCACUUGUCCCCACUGAUUUCCAGGGUGAGCUGUUUUCUCCACAUCUGCUUCUGUUUGCCUGCUGUAAUUACACUAUCCAUUGGUUGCUUUGCCCACCCAAUAUGUUUUAAUUUACAGAGCUUCUGAUGCUCUACAGGCUCAUGUACAUGCAUAACUUUAACGUAUCGGUGAGAUUGUUAACUGGACAGGACCAAUACACAAUAUUCGCAUAUAUUUGUCUUUGCAGAAUUAAGAUCAAACUGCUAACUCUGCUUAGUCUGAGAUUUUUGCCAAAAUUGCUGCCGUUAAUAAAGGGACAUUCUCAGGUAGUUUAGGCCCAGUGUUUGCUUUGUUUUACAAUAUCUGGUUUCUUGUAGUUUUUUUUUUUUUUUUUUUAAAGGGUGUUUCUCUCUUUCUAACCUGUCCACUCCCCAAGUUUUGGACACCUAAGAGUUGCACAGGGGCUCUAGUUUGUCGGAGUCACAGUAUGAAAAUAAAUGUUUUUUCACACACAAGUUAUUUUUUUCUCUGUUCAAGCAGAGUGAAAUGUAGAAGUCAGCAAAUACUGCCCAUCAUUGUAGAACUACAUUUUAAGUUGCUGUAGCUAUCUAGUUUAUCACUAGGGAUUUAUUUUGAAUCUGACAGUGUCCCUUUAUGCUUGAAAUGCUAAGAUUCCAAUGGCUGUGGUAGUGUAAGUAUAUCCUCUCACAGAAACCUACCCAUGUCUGUGUAAGCACUUUUCCCCCCUAAAGCACUUUUCUGAAUGCCACAAAUUAAUGUAAAGUGUUAUCUCUAUUAAAACAGAUUAUGCUAAA